AUGUCUUAAGAGGUGAAUAACUAUUCCAUGUAAAAUGAAAAUAAACCUUUCUUAUUGAAGGGUAUUUAAGAUCUAAGAGAUUCAUUUGUUAAAAAUUAAAGUAUCCUAGGACAUCUUACUUUUAAAUAUACAAAUUGGUGCAAUUUAUUAGUAAAAAAUAAGGAUUAGCCAAUAGAAUUAUAAUAUCCUAAGAUUGUAGAGAGUUCUUAAAAGCACUUGGAAUAAAUAAGAUCAAUAUACACAAAUUCAAUUAGAAACUUUCUAGGAGUUCUUUAAGGAAAUACAGAUAUAAGUUAAAAUUAAUAUAAGCCUCCAUCAGAUUAAUGUAGCUAAAACAAAACUAUUAAAAAAAUCAUUGAAAACAAUUAGAAUAACUAUUCAAAUCAAGAUUUAUCCCAAAACGAAAUACAAUAAGGUGAUGUAUAACAAAAUAAGUCUUAAUAGUCUAAAAAAAUUCAAAUGGAUCAUGUAAAAUAGUAAACAAACUUUGAUGACUAUUUAAAAUAAAUAAUUGAAUUUGAAUAAAAUUUUGAUGUCAAAGUUCCCGAUUUUUUCAAGGACAGAGAUAUACAUCAUUAUCGUAUGGUAAUGUCAAAUUAUUAAAUUUCCCUUUUGAAAGUUAAUGAUGUUAUAGCUGUUAAAAAUAUCAUAGAUAUCACAAAAAAUGAUAGGUUUGUGGCUGCUCUCCUACUUCUAACAAAACAGCUUGUUAAAGACAUUUUGAAAAGAUAUGAUUCUAUUUAAAAAAACCUUUAAGAAGAAUUACUUAUAGAAAAGGACAUGCAAUAAGUUAAAGAAAAAAAUUACACCUCUUACAUAUAAUAAAUACAAACUUUUGAACAAAAUUAUAGAGUUUAACUUCCUCUCUUCUUCAAAAAUAAAUAAGAUUUUAUUAAAAGAGAAUAUUAUGAAAAAAGAUUUGCAGCUGCUGUUUAAGAUACGGAUUGUAUCAAAAUUCAUUAAAUCCAUUAAAAAGUUAGAAGCUAAAAAGCAAUCAUAAAUGCCCUAUUGAUAACAGAAAAUUAAUUUUAAGCUAUUAUAAACAGAGCAUAGGCACUUCUUUACCCAGAAAAAAAAGAUUGA